AGGAACGACCACGGAUAUUGUUACAGAUAAUAGCUCAAAGAAACCAUACUAUAAGAAAGAUGAGGAUGAAAAAGAGUUGGAGAAUUUUACGAUUGAAGAUAUAUUGGCAAGUCAAAUGGACAAUGAAGAAAUAGAGUUGGAUAAUGAAGAAUUUGAACAAAGACUGGCUGAUUUAGACAUCAUCAAUAUAAGUGCUGCUAAUUCAUUGAUAAAUAAAAAACUUUUCAACAAGCUAAAAGCAACUGCUCAAUCUCAGUCUAUACCUCACAUUAAUGUUGAUGAGCUUAAAAAAUGGAUUAAAAAAAACUAUACAUGCAAAGUCAAUACCAUGUUAUCAAAUCUACGAUCAACAACAAUGAUUGAAGGCUUUGACACAGAACAAUUCGACUUUGUAAAGCAAAUAUUAGAAAUGAAACUUAUGCAGUUACAAGCUGGACAUGGAGAAAAACUUGACUUGUCGAUGGAUGAAAACACAUACACAGCUACAAUCGUGUCUCCUGAUUUUGAGACUUUGAAGUUAUGUUUUCCAGCUCUGUUUAUUAGCAGAUGGAAUGAAAACAAAGUUCCUUUGUCUAAAUGGCGCCCCAAAUUGAUCUAUGGUGUUGGUUAUGCACGUAAGGCAGAUGGCAUCCUUUUUAAUUAUGAUAAUGUUGACCAAGAAUUCUUACUCUUUGAGAAUCUAUGUCCUAUUGACGAAAAAGUCUUGUUCGAAAUUCAUGCAGAGAAUGAAGGUGAACUGUAUAGAUUGAACUUGGGUGCUCCUAAAGCAUUUGUUGCUGAAAAAAUACUAAAAACAAUUCUUUCUUUAAUUGGUUAG